UGGAAAACGCAUGCGCAUAACUUAGCUACUAGUCUAAAAGUAUUAGAGAUUCAAUCUGCUUUAGCACCUGAUCCUGUCAAUAUUACACGAAGUACGUGGAAGCGGUCUUUGGGCUAUUUAUCUUGUGACAGAUUUGGUGUUAGAUUAGGUGUCGGAUCUAGUGUCAGAUUGAUUUAAAGCGCUGGUAACAGGUAUCAUUUCAAUAUGAUCAAGGUAUUGCUACUUACGAUUGUUUAUGUAGUCAUGUGGGAGUAUUUAACUGCUCUCGGCCUAAUGAGCUCAUCUACUCUGAACCGGUGUAAACCUCAAGGACAAAGGUGUGCAAAGACAGAAGAUUGUUGUGAUCAACCGGAAAUCGAAUGCAGGCUUGGAAAAUGCUUAUCUAACACCUGUGUACCUUUCGAGGGUCUGUGUAAUAGUUCAACAUAUUGUUGCCAGCCCGAUCAUAAAGUACUAUGCAAGUUGGUAGUUUUUAAUGCUGAUGAGCCAUCAAGUUAUAGAUGUGUCAAUUUUAUACUACCACCUAACAUUACCGAUGAGGCUGAUUUCAAUGAAACCUAUUUUGAUAACAACAACAAUGUCCCCAACAAUGAUGACGAUGAAUAAUCUCCCGAGUCAAGUUGUUUAUUAUUUAAUGGUAUGUCAGUUUUAGAACUUAGAAAUGUCUACAGAGGAAUGUAAAAGUAAAUAAAGUAAAUGCAAGACA